AGGAUCAUUGCGGCGGUGCGAGGAGUUGGUGCCGGCGGCUGCCACGUCAUCCCUGACCGCGUCAGACGGGGACCUGGAGGCAAGAUGGCGGCGUCCGUGCGGGAGAAGCAGAUCGCUGCUCUGAAACGAAUGUUAAACUUCAAUAUCAUUCCAGUUAAAAACAGCACCACUGAACCAGUAUGGAAGAUUCUGAUUUAUGAUCGAUUUGGUCAGGACAUCAUUUCACCAUUGCUAUCUGUGAAAGAGUUGAGAGACUUGGGCAUCACUUUGCACCUGCUAUUGCACUCUGACAGAGAUCCUAUUCCAGAUGUUCCAGCAAUUUAUUUUGUAAUGCCAACCGAAGAAAAUGUUGACAGAGUAUGCCAGGAUCUUCGGAACCAGCUCUAUGAGUCCUAUUACUUAAACUUCAUCUCAGCUAUUUCAAGAAGUAAACUUGAAGACAUUGCCAGUGCGGCUCUCAGUACAAAUGCAGUAGCCCAAGUUGCCAAGUUAUUUGAUCAGUAUUUAAACUUUAUCACUUUGGAAGAUGACAUGUUCGUAUUGUGCAAUCAGAACAAGGAGCUAAUCUCAUAUCAUGCAAUAAAUCGUCCUGAUAUCACUGAUACAGAAAUGGAAAUAAUUAUGGACACUCUGGUGGAUAGCCUUUUCUGUUUUUUUGUUACAAUGGGUGCUGUUCCAAUUAUACGAUGCGCACGAGGAAAUGCAGCUGAUAUGGUAGCAGUGAAAUUGGAUAAGAAGCUGCGAGAAAAUCUGCGAGAUGCCAGAAAUAGUCUCUUCACGGGGGAUAGUCUUGGUGGAGGACAAUUCAGUUUCCAAAGACCAUUAUUAGUCCUUGUGGACCGAAAUAUAGAUUUAGCAACUCCAUUACAUCAUACAUGGACAUACCAAGCCCUGGUUCACGAUGUCCUGGAUUUUCAUUUGAAUAGGGUGAACUUGGAAGAAACUCCAGGAAUAGAAAGUUCUUCUGCAGGUGCAAGACCAAAGAAAAAAACUAAAAAAACCUAUGACCUAACAGCAGCUGAUAAUUUUUGGCAAAGACACAAAGGCAGUCCCUUUCCAGAGGUAGCUGAAUCAGUCCAGCAAGAACUAGAUUCUUACAGGGCACAAGAGGAUGAAGUCAAACACUUAAAGAGCAUCAUGGGUCUGGAGGGAGAGGAUGAUGGUGCUAUUAGCAUGCUCUCUGAUAACACUGCCAAACUGACAUCUGCAGUAAGCUCUCUCCCUGAACUACUGCAGAAAAAAAGACUUAUUGAUCUUCAUACAAAUGUGGCAACAGCUGUCUUAGAACAUAUUAAGGCUCGAAAGCUGGAUGUAUAUUUUGAAUAUGAGGAAAAGUUGAUGAGCAAGUCCACAUUAGAUAAAUCCCUACUGGAUAUGAUCUCUGAUCCUGACGGAGGAACCCCUGAAGAUAAAAUGAGGUUGUUUAUCAUUUACUACAUCAGUUCACCACAACCACCUUCAGAGGUUGACUUAGAGCAAUACAAAAAAUCCCUGACUGACGCUGGAUGCAAUUUGGAUCCUUUAAAUUACAUCAAACGAUGGAAAGCAUUUACCAAAAUGGCUUCAGCUCCUGCUAACUUUGGAGGCAGUGGACCAAAACCUACAAGCUUGCUCUCACGUGUCAUGAAUACUGGAUCACAGUUUGUGAUGGAGGGAGUUAAGAAUUUUGUACUGAAACAGCAAAAUCUACCAGUGACUCGUAUCUUGGACAACCUAAUAGAGAUGAAAUCAAAUCCCGAAACCGAUGACUACAGAUACUUUGAUCCAAAAAUGCUCCGUGGCAGUGAGAGCUCUGUUCCAAGAAACAAAAAUCCAUUCCAAGAGGCCAUUGUCUUUGUUGUUGGUGGUGGAAAUUAUAUUGAAUAUCAAAACCUUGUUGACUACACAAAGAAUAAACCAGGUAAACACGUAUUAUAUGGCUGCAGUGAGCUCUUCAAUGCUGGGCAGUUCCUCAAACAGUUAUCACAACUUGGAUCACAGAGUUAAGAAUCACUAUUGUUCCUCUCUGGACAUCUUCGUUGAAAGAGAUUACAGGCGACAAAUUUUAAUGCAGCAAUGUCAUGUCACACUUUAUUUACAUUAUUACUUAUGCUUUAUAAACCUGUAAUUCCACUUAUUUGAUAAUUCUUAAUGCAAUUGGAUAUGAUUUGUCAUUUUUAAUACCAAACUGUAUAUCAUGUAACUGUACAAAUAGUUGAAAUAAAUUU